AUGUUAGGAUGGGUCAAUUUUGAAACACAAAGAAAAACCCACAAAUGUGUCUUAGUUUUUAAAUGUCUAAAUGACUUAGUUACUCCAUAUUUAUCGAGUUAUUUCAUUAGAAAUCACACUAUUCACACCUACGCAACAAGACGAAGGAAUGACAUCCACCUACCGCACCCAAAGUUAACGUUAGGGAAAAAUACAUUCAGAUUUUUGGGCACAGUUCUUUUUAAUGACUUACCCACACAAGUAAAAGAAGCCACGUUGCUUUUCAUUGUUAAGAACUCUCUUAGUUUUCUAUUGAUACAAUUCUUAGAAAUGAUUUCAUUGCCUUUUUUUUAAUUGUACUGAUCUAAAAAAGUUGUACUUCAUAGAUAUGUAAUUUCCUUUCUCUCAAAUUUUUUAAACUCCUUUGUACAUAAUUUUAAGGUAAUUUGUACAUUUUAAAAUUUUAAUCAUGUAGUCUUAAUUUUACACAGAGCCCCUUUUGAUACCAGCCUACGGCUGAUGGGGCCACCCUGCUCUCACUUUGCCAGAGCCAGAAGUUCCAACCUUUAGUGGCAGCCCUAUUGAGUAUUAGUCUUUUGUAGGAGAUUUCAAGAGCCUAAUCAAGAGCAAAAAAACCAGUAGCCCUGUUUGUCUGUAUUACUUAGUUCAAUAUGCCUCAGGCAAAGAGCGUAAGUUAAUGAGGAGUUGUCUAGCUAUGAAACUCAAGGAUGGAUAUCAAGAGGCGCACACUCUGCUUAAAGACAAAGUUAUCAUAUCCCUACUGUGUACGUUGAAAGGCUCACCAAUAGACCACCCAUCAAAGCCAUAG